AUGCAGUUCCUUUCUCUCGCUAUCGCCCAGGCCCUCCUCGCCACUGCCAUGGCCGUUCCCGUUGCCAACUCGCUCUUUUCCCUUACCGCCUUCGACGCCGAAUUGUUCCCUGAAGGAAAGGCUUUGACCGCUAAGGCUGAUGGAACCAUCUGGCUCGCUGCCCCCAAUGGUGAAGAGCAACUCCUUGUUGCUAGCCUCAGCGAGGACAACCUUAUCCACGGUCUCCAGGUCCGCCCCGACCACUCUCUGGUUGCCGGCACCGCUGGAAACGACAGUUUCACUUUGACUUCUGAUGCUUCCUUGACCGAGCACGGUGUCAACAAAGCCACUGUCUGCGUUGCCCAGAACGGUGAGGCCCAGAUGUUCUGGGGUGAUGCUGUCUGCGACAACAAGCACGCUGUUACCGUUCGCGCCAAUCCCAUUACCGAAGCCUCCGUUGACAACUUGCACUUGAAGAACAACUUCUGCUUCUGCGGAGGAUGCAGCCGCAACCAGGCACCCAAGUGUGCUCCUCCACCCCAGCGCGCGCCCCCACUCAGUGCUCCGGCAAUAGCUGCGGUGGUGACUGUGGCAGCUGUUUGGAGUGCGGUGGUUGCCCCUUCAAGUGCGGUUGCUGCUGGAAGGAUAUCCUCUGCCCCAGCAAGUGGUGUGGUAUUUGCAAGAACUCUGGUUCUGACUGCUGCUGUGAGACCGUUGAGACCGUUGUUUACACCCGUGCGCCAGCUCCUCGCCCUACCCGCACUCCUUGCAAUCAAUGCGGCUCUAGCAGUUGCGGUGGAGGAUGCUGCCCCGCUGAAAAGUGCGGCUGCUGCUUCAAGGAUGUGCUUGAUUGCAUUUGCCCUAUGA